AUGGUUGAAAUCCUUUCGUCAUUUUCAAAAUUGGCAAGUCACUUAGCUGUUUACUAUAAAUCUCCUAAGCUUGAUCAAUUGACUGAAAAAAUGAGUAAAAUUCAAAAUAACUUAAUCAAAGAAAGAAAACCAUUGGCGUUACAACAUCACAAGGCUAUUUCUAUAGCUACAUUUGCACCUAAAUUCGAGGAAAAUUUCAACCCAGACAAGAAAUCAUACGAUGUAAAUAGAGAAAGACAAGAAAUGAAUAAGAUUAAGAAUCAAAUCAAGAAAGAAAGAAAGUCUGCACUUAAAGAUAUUAGAAAAGAAUCCAAAUUCACAGCCAGACAACAAAUUGCUGAGAAGAAAGACAAAUACGAUGAAUAUCAUAAGAAGAUGGCCAAUAUUGUCAAUUCUAUCUCAACUAUUGAAGGGGCUGAAAAGAACACAUAUGAACGUGAAAAACAAAGAAGAAAGAAUAAAUAG